CAUCUGUGCCAGCCUCUUAAAAUUCCAAGAGGUGUUGUAGUGAGGUUUUUUGCUUUUGCCUGAUCUGUCUUUCUUCCCGUCCUUAGGGUGUGCGAUAUGGUCUCUGCUGGCGUGUUGCCCUGUUCUACCAGCAGAUUUCUUAUGUUUGCUGUUGUUUAUAGGUCUGGAUCGUGAAAGGAUAAACUUCUUGUGAGCAUUUCACGCUUCAGAAUCUUCCACGUGUGGUAAUAAGUUACUUCAUGCCUUAUGGAAUGUUUUGUUUAGAUUUCAGUUUCUACCAUCAUUGACUCAGUCCUCCAUUCCCUGUAUAAUCUUGUUUCUUAUGUGUGCCAUACACCUUGUCUUAGCUAGGGAGAUUUAUUUAUUAAUUUUUUAGUAGCUUUAUUUAGUUAUACAGGUCGACAUGGCUGCCUUCUAAAAUACUUAUUUUUAAUUCCAGUUUGCGUCAUCAUUGCGUUAAUCCAUGUGUGCCAAACACCUUGUGUAAGCUGUGGGGAUUUAUUAGUUUUUAUUACUUUUGGAUGGAGCUAUUUUGCAAACAGCUCUGAAUGUUCGCUCACCAGUUGCUGCCUUGCUUGAAAUAGGAGGUUCAGUCCUGGUGGGCUAAUGAUUUCUUGAAAAGCUAUGUGAGCUUUAGCUUGGCUAAUCUGUUAGAUUGAUGUUUUCUGGAAGCUAGGAUUUUAUUGAACAUAGGUUAAUUUUUCUCUGGUAUCAAUGCUGUUAUCUUUUUCUUGGUCAGCAAAUAAAGAAGUCCCCAUACACAUGGACUGUAAAGCACUCUGUUUGGAACUAACAAUUACCAUAAAUAAUCACCCUGACAAAUCAGCAUGAAUAGACUCAUCACCAAUUCAGUUUUGUGUGUGGUCCACGAAGUCUCUAAAUUUCCAGUUUAGAGUGAGCUGUGAAGUCUCUAAAUUUUCAGGUUAGCAAGAACUGUGAAUGUCUUUGAAUUUUCAGUUCUGCAGGAACUGUGAAUGUUUCUGAAUUUUUCAGUUACUGUGAGUGUUUCUGAUUUUUCAGUCCAGCAGGAAGGAAACCUCCAAUUAACCAAGUGCCGGACUAAAUGCCACAGUCAAGGUUUAGCUGCUAUCUUAGGGGUUCAGAGCAACUUCAUGGAUGCGUACAGAUUGUGGGCAUUCAUGAGCUCGUGGACAAGUUCUUGGAACUGAUUUGUGGAGGAGAGGUCAAAGAACCAUGCGCUCAAGUAAAAAUAGAAGACAUUCAUGGUGGAGCACUGGCAGCAAGUCACACCUGCCGCCAUAUUGAGGGGUCACGGCUUCAAAAUACAGGUCUAUCUUGAGAUUGCUUUUCUUCCUGAAUCAAGUGAAGGUUGUUCUGCUGCUGAGCAACUUGAGCCCCAGGCAUCUCUUCGAGAAGGAGGUCGGCAUUGCAUCCUCACAACACGAGCCACGACGACAGAGAGCGAGAUGCAUGGCACGGCGGCCAUCUUGGCGUCUGAUCCAUGGAAAGUGUCAAGCCUUGUAUAUAGUUAUUUAAAAGAGUGGGACGGGGAAAAAUUGUUUGUCCACCCUAGUGGACAUUCGCUGAGGACGGAAUGCUUGGUGGACAUUCUACAGAGUAAUCAAAAUGAACGUGCAAACAUUAUCCCUAAAGAGCUUCGAGAUCUACUUAAGCAAUUAGGAACUUAUUUGUAGUAUAAAUAUAUGAGACAUGGUUUAUUGUUUCUUUUC